UUGUGGUUUUUUAUUUUAAUCUUGAGCCAAACCCUUUAGGCCACACUUUCCCUCUCAAAACAUACAAUAGAAAUCUUUGUACAGCCAUUGCAAAUGCAGGCAAGCUCGCUCGUCACCAUCUCUCCAAGCUCCCCCAGCUUCAACUCUUAUUCUUCUGGGAAGCUUUCUCAGACUGCUGCCAGAGUCGUCCAAGAAUUCUCCAACGAUUCCGAAUCUGAAGACGACUCUCACUUUUACUCUUUGGAAACAAAGCAACAUUUCCCACCAUCGAUACAAGAAAGUGAGGACCACGAGAAACUAGGAGAUGACGACGAGGAAGAGUUCGAGUUUGCCAUUCUGUCUACAGAGCCAGACGCAUCGCCUGUUGCAGCUGAUGAGAUCUUCUAUAACGGAAAGAUAAGGCCAAUCUAUCCUUUAUUCAACACCGCGUUGCUCAUGGAUGGAGAAGAAUUAUCCAAAUCAUUAUCCGCUGCCUCCAACCAAACCGACACCACCAAACCUAUCAGACUACAAUUGAAGAAACUGUUCAGAGAAGACCUAGAAACGACUUCAUGCUCCUCCUCGGAGGCCGACGACCUGGAAAACGUGCCUGCUGGGACUUACUGCGUAUGGACUCCAAAGAAGGGGAAGGAAUCCCUGGAAAGGUGCAAGAAGAGCAAUUCCACUGGGUCUUCGAAGAGAUGGAAGUUCCGGGACUUGCUUUACCGGAGUAACAGCGAUGGAAAAGACAACUUCGUGUUCUUGACGCCGGCGAAGAAGAGCAGCGAAAGAGUAAUGGGAGAUGAAGGUAAAGAGAACAAAGACAAAGACAAGGUUAAGGAGCAUUACGCGAAGAGCAGAGCCCUUAAGGAAGAGGAUAAACGGCGGUCUUUCUUGCCGUACAGGCAGGACUUGGUUGGGUUUUUCUCUAAUGUUCAUGGGUUGAACAAGAAUCUUAAUCCAUUUUGAAA